UUUCCCCGUUAUCAAUUGUAUAAUUUACAUAAUUUUGUUUACAUAUUCAUUCUAUAUUGGUUGGAGUAAAUCAUAUUUGUUACAAUUAACUUUAACAAUUUUGGGUCCUUAGUCAAAUAUUCUAUGUCAAACCCCCCCUUCUUGGCCGUGGCUGAAAGUUGUCAGGCAUUCAGCGUUUUUUUUGUUUAUUUGUCAUGUACUCAGCGGUAGGUACUACUAAAGGUAUUUGUUAAGAUGCACAUACUGCUUCUCAAAGAGCCAAGGGAUGGAGAGUCUGGACCUGAUCCUUACAUUAAGGAGCUGGCAUCACAUGGACAUGAAGCUACUCUAAUUCCCGUGCUGUCUUUUAAAUUUGUCUCAUUAAACACCUUGUCAGAUAAGCUUUUCCAACCAGAAAAACAAGGAGGUCUAAUAUUUACUAGUCCAAGAGCAGUGGAGGCUGUAAAGAUGUGCUUAGAAGCAGAAGAAAGAAGGGAAGAAUGGAACAGCUCUGUGAAAGACAAAUGGAACACCAAGUCCAUAUAUGUGGUUGGGAAGGCAACUGCUGAAUUAGUACAGAAUCUGGGUCUGAAGCCUUUAGGCGAGGACACAGGGACAGCCGAUGUGCUAUCACGUCUCAUCAUUGAACGAGAGGACAAAAAUAUUCAACCACUUUUUUUCCCCUGUGGCUCAAUCAAAAGAGAAGUCUUGCCUACGGCUUUAAGGGAAAAUGGAGUGCCCCUAGAGACGCUGACUGUCUAUCAAACAGCUGAACAUCCAGAUCUCGAGAAAAAUCUACAGAACUAUUUCACAGAGCAGGGCGCUCCAGCCAGCAUAGCUUUCUUCAGUCCAUCAGGAGUGAAGUUUUGCCUAGAAGUGAUACAAAGGCUGUCAGGUGAACAGCUGACACAAAUAAAGUUUGCAGCCAUAGGGCCUACUACACAAGACGAAAUGACAGCAGCAGGCCUGUGUGUCAGCUGUACUGCAGAAAAGCCAACAGCUGAACACCUGGCUGCAGUGAUAGCCAGAGCUCUACAGUAACCCCCCUCAGGCAGAUCUCAAGUCCAUCCACUUUAUCUUCUUUCUCGCUGUAUCCUGUAUGAUUGGUGUAUUCUGUAUACUCAUUAUUUUUAUUAUAUAUUGCCAUUUGUCUGUUUUACUUUUACAGCACUAUUUAUUUUUGUUUGUACUGUAUGUCGGCUAACUUGAUAAUUAGCUUUUUUGCCAUAAAUACCUC